UACGACUUCAUCUCUCUCUCUCUCUCUCUCUCUCUCUCUCUCUCAAUUCACAAAGGACCCGCUCGCGGAUAGAGAGAGCAGCACAAUCAUACCAUCCACAAAUUGGCCUUCAUACUUUAUUCCAGAUAGUCCAUGGCUUUUGAGCAGCCUCAUCAGUUCGAAUAUAUGGCGGAUGAAGGUGACUUGUCUGAUUUUGUGGAGGAUGUAGAUGGGGAUGCAGAUGAAGAAAACCAUGGCAGAGAUAUGGUUCGUGACGAGUAUGACAUGCUUAAUCAGGGGUCAGAUACAUCAUCUUCCCAAGCAAGAAAGGGAAAGGAUAUUCAAGGUAUUCCAUGGGAUAGAUUGAACAUCACGAGAGAAAAGUACAGAUUGACGAGGCUUGAACAGUACAAAAAUUAUGAGAAUAUCCCUUUAUCUGGGGAAGCUGUGGACAAGGAGUGUCAACUUAUGCAGAAGGGUGGCAACUACUAUGAAUUCUUCCACAACACAAGACUAGUUAAACCUACAAUCCUUCAUUUUCAGCUCAGAAAUCUGGUUUGGGCUACUUCAAAACAUGAUGUCUAUCUCAUGUCCAAUUAUUCAAUUAUGCACUGGUCUUCUCUAUCUGGCAAUUUGUCUGAAGUCCUCAAUUUUUCAGGACAUGUUGCACCAACUGAGAAACAUGCUGGAAGUCUGUUGGAGGGUUUUAUGCAGACUCAGAUAAGCACACUAGCAGUCAAGGACAAUUUUCUUGUUGCUGGAGGUUUCCAAGGAGAGCUUACUUGCAAGCGUCUUGAUAAAGAAGGAGUGAGUUUUUGUACCAGAACCACAUACGAUGACAAUGCCAUUACAAAUGCUGUUGAAAUAUAUGAUAGCCUGGGGGGUGGAAUGCAUUUCAUGGCAUCCAAUAAUGAUUGUGGUAUUAGAGAAUUUGACAUGGAGAGAUUUCAGCUUCUUAAUGACUUUAGAUUCCCCUGGCCAGUAAAUCAUACAUCAAUAAGCCCUGAUCGCAGGCUUGUUGCCGUAGUUGGAGAUCACGUGGAUGGAUUGCUUAUGGAUUCUCAGAACGGAAAGACUAUUGCUAAGGUUGUUGGUCAUCUAGAUUACUCCUUUGCUUCUGCAUGGCAUCCUGAUGGCCACAUAUUUGCCACUGGAAAUCAGGACAAGACUUCCCGAGUUUGGGACAUAAGAAAUCUUUCAUCACCCAUUGCAGUUCUGAAGAAUAACUUGGGUGCUUGUCGGUCUAUUCGGUUUUCAUCAGAUGGUGAGUUUAUGAUGGUUGCAGAACCUGCAGAUUUUGUGCAUAUAUAUAGUACAAAGGGAGAUUACAAGAAAAGGCAAGAGAUUGAUUUCUUUGGGGAGAUUUCGGGUGUAUCAGCAAGUCCGGAUGACGAGUCCUUGUACAUAGGAAUCUGGGACCGAACGUACGCAAGCUUGUUGCAAUAUAACAGAAGGCAUACAUAUGGAUACCUUGAUUCCUAUUUUUGAUUGAUCGGCAAAGGGAUGUCCACCAGCGCAAUGUGAUCAAAAGGUUUAGGGUACGAGUGCUUUCCUUUCAAGCCUAUCUUUCUGAAUUCUAUAUUCUAUUUUUAGUUGUUAUAAAUCAAGUUCACAGUAGAAUAAGCCAUAAUCAGACUACAUGUACAGUGAAUAUUCAAAUUUGUUUGAAAACGAAAAUCUUGAUAAUGAACUUUGCUCUUUUGAUGUCUUGUAUUUCAACUCGAAGCAGCUGUUUAGGCA